UGGAAACUAGAGAGGGAGAGAUCGGAGUUUCCGUCUCCGUCUCAAAUUAAUUUCUUUCUGAAAAAAGAAAAUGAGUUUCUCCUUCAUGAAAAAAUGGCUUAAAGUUUCGAUUUUUACUGCGAUAUUUUGUCUGCUUUGGUAAUCCCGCUAAUUAAAACCUUAAUUUUCUCAGUUUCACCACAAGGCUCUGUAUUUCCUCGAAUAUUAUACAUACCUAUACAUACAUAUAUACACACGUAAUUCCACGUGUGUAUAUAUAUAUAUAUAUAAAUACAUGUUUCAUGGGGUUCUUUCGUGCUUAAAGAUUUCUGCUGUUAAUUAGCUUUUUAAAAGAGAAAAGAAAGGUGGGUUUUUUUUGUGGAGAGAGGAAUGGAAGGUUCGCCGGCGGCUGCGGAUACGACGUCGUAUCCGAAGUUACCUCCUGAGCUGUUUGGUUCCAGAGAAUACCACUCUCCCUCUGCCGGAAUAUUCGCUUCGCUUUUUGCUCCGCCGCAUAAGGGUUUGGGAACGGAAUCCGUUCGUCCAUACUGGAAUCUUCCGACGCCGGAGUAUUCUAAGGAGGAAUCAUACGUCGAAAAGAACACACCAAAUUCGGGAUAUACGUACGGGAGCAAUGAAGGAGAAUACAAAGGAACGGCGGAUAAAGAAACGAAAUGGUUUUAUGAGGAACAAAGAAUGCAACACCCAUGCAAUCUCAGCUCAUCCAUAUAUUAUGGCGGCCAAGAUAUUUUACCUCUUCCUCGUACCGAUGCCUCUGCUUCAGGCGUUUUGCCUUCGGGCAGAAACAACAGUGGAGAAGAUGAUGGAGAGUGCGUUUCAAGAGGAAACUGGUGGAAAGGUUCUCUGUAUUACUGAAGAUCGAUGAGUACUUUAUGGAAUUAUCAUUAUGCUAUAUCUAUAUAUAUAUAAAGUGAAAUCGAUGUUAUAUUAU